CUCUCUUCCCGUCUCAGUGGUUUGUAAGGUAGGUUGCAGUGUGUGUAUAUACACAACAUCAAGAGCAGGAAAAUGGACUCAUUAGGGAGGCAGGCAGUCAUUACCACUCACACUGUACUUCCAGGGAGACACCGAUUAUGAGAAGAGAAACUCAGCGCUGGGGAAGAAGCUAUACAAAAAAGAAGUGUUAAGAAUUAUCCUGUGAGACUCUGAAGGCCGAAGAGUACCUGAUAAAUUGCCAGGUUGUGGCCCAUAGUUUCACAGACUGCCUGAAGUUACAUUUAGAGACUGAAAUCACAGCACCUUAAAAACAAAAGAUUGAGCUGCACUGUGUUCUAAUAUUUCACCGUCGCUAACUGGAUGUUCUUCACAACCAUUGCAGUCUGCAGUGGCUGGCACUUUUCCUCCACACUGUGAGACAAAGAGAAUUGGCUGGAAUAAAACCUUGCUUUCCAUAUGGUCAACUUGAAAUGCAGCACUGAAAAGUUCCUUGACCAGCAGUUGGUGGCCUGUCCCUUCUCUUUAUAUGCAACCGCUCUCUGUUCCCUGCCCCAAUGAACAUCUGCACUAGGCCCCAACCUUGGAGUGAUUUACCUGAAGAGUGACACCAUUGACUUGGAAACUACUAUGAGGAAACUGAAGCCCAGAGAGGUGAAGUGAGGUGCCCAAGGCCACACAGCAAAUUAGAGGCCCAGCUAGUACCAUAGCUCAAGUCUCCUGACUCCCAGUCCAGUGCUCCUCCCAUUACUCCACGGGUCCUGUCUCUAAGCUUCCUGACAAAUGCUAGAACGGAAGAAACCCAAGACAGCUGAAAACCAGAAGGCAUCUGAGGAGAAUGAGAUUACUCAGCCGGGUGGAUCCAGCGCCAAGCCGGGCCUUCCCUGCCUGAACUUUGAAGCUGUUUUGUCUCCAGACCCAGCCCUCAUCCACUCAACACAUUCACUGACAAACUCUCACGCUCACACCGGGUCAUCUGAUUGUGACAUCAGUUGCAAGGGGAUGACCGAGCGCAUUCACAGCAUCAACCUUCACAACUUCAGCAAUUCCGUGCUCGAGACCCUCAACGAGCAGCGCAACCGUGGCCACUUCUGUGACGUGACGGUGCGCAUCCACGGGAGCAUGCUGCGCGCGCACCGCUGCGUGCUGGCGGCCGGCAGCCCCUUUUUCCAGGACAAGCUGCUGCUGGGCUACAGCGACAUUGAGAUCCCGUCGGUGGUGUCUGUACAGUCGGUGCAAAAGCUCAUUGACUUCAUGUACAGCGGCGUGCUGCGCGUCUCGCAGUCGGAAGCUCUGCAGAUCCUCACGGCCGCCAGCAUCCUGCAGAUCAAAACCGUCAUCGAUGAGUGCACGCGCAUCGUGUCGCAGAACGUGGGCGAUGUGUUCCCGGGGAUCCAGGACUCGGGCCAGGACACGCCUCGGGGCACGCCCGAGUCGGGCACUUCGGGCCAGAGCAGCGACACGGAGUCGGGCUACCUGCAGAGCCACCCGCAGCACAGUGUGGACAGGAUCUACUCGGCGCUCUAUGCCUGCUCCAUGCAGAACGGCAGCGGCGAGCGCUCCUUCUACAGCGGUGCCGUGGUCAGCCACCAUGAGACUGCGCUUGGCCUGCCCCGAGACCACCACAUGGAAGACCCCAGCUGGAUCACCCGCAUUCAUGAGCGCUCGCAGCAGAUGGAGCGCUACCUGUCCACCACCCCCGAGACCACGCACUGCCGCAAGCAGCCCCGGCCUGUGCGCAUCCAGACCCUGGUGGGCAACAUCCACAUCAAGCAGGAGAUGGAGGACGACUAUGACUACUACGGGCAGCCAAGGGUGCAGAUCCUGGAGCGCAACGAAUCCGAAGAGUGCACAGAAGACACCGACCAGGCCGAGGGCACUGAAAGCGAGCCCAAAGGCGAAAGCUUCGACUCGGGCGUCAGCUCCUCCAUUGGCACCGAACCCGACUCCGUAGAGCAGCAGUUUGGGCCCGGAGUCACACGGGAUGGCCAGGCCGAGCCGGCCCAACCCGAGCAGGCCACCGAAGCCCCGGCCGAGGGCGGCCCACAGCAGAACCAGCUAGAAACUGGGGCCUCUUCUCCGGAGAGAAGCAACGAGGUGGAGAUGGACAACACAGUCAUCACAGUCAGCAACAGCUCAGACAAGAGCGUCCUGCAACAGCCUGCGGUCAACACAUCCAUUGGGCAGCCAUUGCCAAGCACCCAGCUCUACUUACGCCAGACAGAAACCCUCACCAGCAACCUGAGGAUGCCUCUGACCUUGACCAGCAACACACAGGUCAUUGGCACAGCUGGCAACACCUACCUGCCGGCCCUCUUCACGACCCAGCCUGCGGGCAGCGGCCCCAAGCCUUUCCUCUUCAGCCUGCCACAGCCUCUGGCAGGCCAGCAGACCCAGUUUGUGACAGUGUCCCAGCCCGGCCUGUCUACCUUUACUGCACAGCUGCCAGCGCCACAGCCCCUGGCCUCUUCGGCCGGCCACAGCACAGCCAGCGGGCAAGGCGAAAAAAAGCCUUAUGAGUGCACUCUCUGCAACAAGACUUUCACCGCCAAACAGAACUACGUCAAGCACAUGUUUGUACACACAGGUGAGAAGCCCCACCAAUGCAGCAUCUGUUGGCGCUCCUUCUCCUUAAAGGAUUACCUUAUCAAGCACAUGGUGACACACACAGGCGUGAGGGCCUACCAGUGUAGCAUCUGCAACAAGCGCUUCACCCAGAAGAGUUCUCUCAAUGUGCACAUGCGCCUCCACCGGGGCGAGAAGUCCUACGAGUGCUACAUCUGCAAGAAGAAGUUCUCUCACAAGACCCUCCUGGAGCGACACGUGGCCCUGCACAGCGCCAGCAACGGGACCCCUCCCGCAGGCACACCUCCGGGUGCCCGUGCUGGGCCCCCAGGUGUAGUGGCCUGCACGGAGGGCACCACUUACGUCUGCUCCGUCUGCCCAGCAAAGUUUGACCAAAUCGAGCAGUUCAACGACCACAUGAGGAUGCAUGUGUCUGACGGAUAAGUAGUAUCUUUUCUCUCUUUCUUAUGAACAGAACAAAACAAAACAACGAAAAAAAAAAAAAAAGAAACAAAAAAAGCUAUGGCACUAGAAUUUAAGAAAUGUUUUGGUUUCGUUUUACUUUCUGUUUUUGUUUUUGUUUCGUUUCAUUUUGUACUACAUGAAGAACUGGUUUUUGCCUGCUGGUACAUUACAUUUCCUGAGGCUUGGGUGAAUAAUGGUUUUCCCAGCCUCCCUUGGAUGGUGGCCUUAAGGCCUGGUAGUGCUUCAGGAGGUCCACUGGUUGGAUCUCUAGCUACUGGCCUCUAAAUACAACCCUUCUUUACAAAAAAAUCUUUUAAAAAAGUAAAAAAAAAAAAAUUUUUUUUUCACUUGUGAAGAGCACUACAAAAGUAUAUAACAAAAUCUAAAAGGCCUACUGUCUUUAAGUACACCGCUUGCAGUGUUUCAGUGGACAUUUUCACAAUUCUGGCCGCUUGGACUUCACAGUAAUCAGUUAAAGCUGUGGAAUAUCACUUCUGGUCGAAAACCCAGAGGAAAGGCCCUGCUGUUCUCCACCGACCACGCUGUCUGAUUUCGUAAAAGGGCUGUGGGAGUGGGAGGGAGCAGUGGGUUUGGUGAUGUGGUAAAGAAAAUGGAAGGGUAGGCUUCUUCCCCAGGUUCUGCCCGGGGCCACACACCCUGGCCCACCUUUUCCACAUCCCCUUCUUGCAGCAGAAGCCAGGAAGACUUGGAUGAGCAACAAGCAACAGUGGCUAUCGUAUUUAUUCAGUGUCUUCGCUGAGCCACAGCCUCAGCACAAUCAAGAGGGACUUUCAUGAAAGGCAGGAAUGCAGAUAAAACAAAGAUAUCAGAGAUUUGCACCUAUGUUUCUAGGUACAAGAGAAGGAUUAUUUCCAACAAUCUUUGCAAAAAAAAAAAAAAAGCGUCAGGAUAUAUUCUUGUGGAAGAGAAAAAGAAAGAGAAAUGGAGGGUGGGGGGAAUAAUAAAAAAGUUCUUGAGGCUUUUUUAAUUCAAAAUUUUAUAGAGGGGCAAAAGUGACGUUUACCAGAUAGA